UAACAAGACUAAAUUGUACUCCCGCUAGUAGAUAUCACAUAUAUGAAUUUUUUUCUUCCAUUGUGUCCUAUCUUUAGCAAAGUCUGCGCUGAUCCCAAGAAAUACUAGGCCUUACGAGACAACUUAGUUCCCAUGAGAUUUUAGGUCUACCUCGUCCCCUACCCCAACUUGUUUGGGAAGUGAGCUUAAAUUGAUGUUUACUUAUAUCCAUUAAUAAAGGAACUUGCUUUGGAUUGCUGUUUAGUUGUUUCUGUUUUUGUUCUAUAAAUAAUGUAUACAUAAAUAGUUUUUCACCUUAAAUAUAUACAUAAGAAGAACAGCUGUGUUGUUUAAAAGAAGAAGACAGGAAGGAGGUGGAACACGCGACCAGAGUUUUAUUUCUGAACCUUCUCUACCAGUGUGCCGGGGUUGGUAUUUAGCCAAUCUAAAAAGUGUAUCAAUCAAUCAACUAAUAUUAGUUGGAGAAUCAGUUUAAAAAUUUAUACUCAUCUUUUCAAUUAAAUAGGAUCAUACAGAUACAUGUAUGGUAAAUUAUUAGGCGAAGCAGUCUUGCCACACUGAUCACUGCAAUGUUGUUCCGCCCCUGCCUUGGUAGCUUUAUCACUUUAGUUUGUUAGGGAAUUAUAUCUUAUUUUGACAUGCUUCCCAUUGUUACUUGGUGGUUUUUGUAUGAAUUUCUUGCAGAAAAUGUGGCCUUAUACAACAUGUUUCAUGAAUGCUAUGCUAUAUGUAAGUGAUAAAGGAAUGAAUUUCCCUUCUCUGCAGAGAAUGCUAGAGUUAUGGUCCUGGCAGCAACCAAUCGCCCAACUGACCUUGAUGAGGCAAUACUUAGGCGCUUCUCUCAGUCAUUUGAAAUUGGGAAGCCUUCCCUUAGUGAUAGAACAAAGAUAUUUAAGGUAGUUUUGAAGGGUGAGAGAAUUGAAGAUAACGUUGACUUUGAUCGACUUGCUGGCUUGUGUGAGGGAUACACUGGUUCAGACAUUCUCGAGGCCUGCAAGCUAGCUGCCUUUAUUCCUCUUAGGGAGUAUUUGCACGAUGAGAAGAAAGGAAAGCAAUCACAGGCUCCAAGGCCAUUGUCACAGUCUGAUCUAGAGACAGCUUUGGCUCAAUCAAAGAAGACCAAGAUUACUGCUAGGAAACCUGCUGUAGUGAGCUUUCGGUUGGAUGAUUAUGAGGAUUUAGACUGAAGCUGGCUCCAGCAGGAGGUAGUAUGGUGUUCAAGUGAUGACUAUAGGCAUCUAUUGAUGAGAUCAUUCCAUAGGCCUUUUCCAUUCGGAGAAUCUCAAUGCUCUAACCUGCUUAGGAAUUUGGAAGAUAGAUAGGUCAUUUAACUUCAUUGCUUCAAUGUUGUAAAUACCAUGAAAAAAUAGAGGAAUUACAUUAGUACAAGCUCAUUUAACUUCAUUGUCUUUGGAAGGAUCCAAAUGAUAGCUAUUCCUGAUAAUUUGAAUGAUGGAAAAGAACUCAAGUGCAAUUUUAUUCCUUCUGAUUUUAUGACUC